GAGCCGCGCUGUGCUACGCGUGCCGCCUGCUCUUAGCGGCUCAACUAAGUUACCGAGAAGCCAUCUCUGACAGGCGAUUUCCCCGGGAAAGGAAAAUAUCGGGGCAGCAGCUCGCUCACCCCUUCUCUAUGCACCCUCUCUUGCAGGCACGGUCCCAGGUAAACAUGCUCGGAGUGCUCAGAGCAGCGUGGCAGGCUCUGCCCUGUUAGCCCCCGGGGGGGCUCAGCCAUGAAUUCCUCUCCCCCUACCCCCGGUGCCCCCCCCAGUCUGCUCCAACUGUGGCAGGAAGAGAACCAGACCCAGGGCGGGCUCUGGAAUGGGAGCCAGGAGCUGGGCUGGGAAGAGCUGGAGGAGAUGCUGUUCCUCUUCGCCAAGGAGCCCAUUACCAUCAGCCUGACUGCGAUGUACCUCGUGUCCUUCGUGGUGGGCUUUGUGGGGAACAUCAUGUCCAUCAGGGUGCUGACGCGAAAGCGCCGGAGCCGGGUGUCCAGCCUGAGUGCCACCCGCAGCCUCCUCAUCAACCUGGCAGUGUGCGACCUCAUGGUGGUGUGUGUCUGCAUGCCCAUCACCGUGGGCAACCUCAUCUACAAAGCCUGGGUGUACGGGGACUUCCUCUGCCGGGCUGUGCCCUUCAUCCAGGCUGUUUCUGUCUCUGCCAGCGUCCUCAGUCUGACCGUCAUCAGCGUGAACCGCUACUACAGUGUGCACAACCCACUCAAUGCCCGCUCCUUCUUCACCCAGAAGAGGAUCCUCAGCGCCAUCCUGGUGGUGUGGCUGCUGUCCUCGGGAAUAUGCAUGCCCCUCAUCUUCAUGAACAGACGGGAUGAGAUUGGGGUAGUGGAGGGCUUGCCCCUGGUGUUCUCCAUCUGCAGGGAGAUUUGGCCUCAGGAGAGGCUCAAGCAAGCCUAUAACUUUCUGCUUUUCUGUGCCCUUUACUGCCUGCCCGUCCUGUUCAACAUGGUCAUCUGCUUCCUGACAGUACGCCGACUGUGGAGUCGCAGCAGCCAGCUGAAGGAGAGCAGUGCCCUGAACCGCUCGCUGCCAGCCUCCAGACUGAAGAUUCGCAAGAAGGUCGCCCAGAUGGUGGUGGCCUUGGUCCUGUUGUUCGCCAUCUCCUGGCUGCCCGUCUACCUGAUGGACAUCUGGAUCGAUUUCAACAUCCCCAAGUCUUUGCAGGAUGUGACUCCUUCUCCUUGGAUCCUGCAGCUCAGACCUUUUGCCCAGUGGCUUGGCCUCAACAAUUCCAGCCUCAACCCUAUAUGCUAUUGUUUUGUUGGGAACCUCUACAGAUCAGCCAAGGAAAUGAAGAGCAAAUACCACCAAAGAAUGAUCUCUCUCUUUAACUUCUCUCUGUCCGAAGGGACAACCCGUUCCUCAGUCCCAGAGCUGUUCUCUUAUCAGAGCCCAAUGGAGCCUGCCAGGAAAGGGCACUCUGCCACACCUACCAUGGGCAGGAGGGCCCAGGGAGACCCUGGCACUAAGAAUAAGUGUGGACACUUGAAGCCUUGCCAGCACCCACCUCUGAACACUGUCUCUAGUGAGAACACUUCCUUAUGAUUCUGCUCAGGAAGUGCACCUCAUUUCCUCCUCUGCAUUUAAGGACUCUUAAAAGAUCUUUAUGAACCAGAUACUUUAAUGAUGGAAAAAAACCCACUUUCUUCUAAGCACUCCCACCACCAGCUCAAAAAUCCAGGCAGGGAAAGAAGAGAAGAACAUGUGGAAAAUAUAUUUUAACACAGAUCAAGUUUUAAGACAAAUGAUUUCCACUGGGGACAACCAGCUGCACAACCUGUUACACAGGCAGAGCAGCUCCCCAAUGGGGGGGCUCUCCUCUGCAGCUCCAUCUCCGAACAAAACAGCAGAGGCACUGGGAUACAGCAGUGAUUUGAUUGCUUGCUGCUGCUCAUCCUGUGCUGAUAGCAAAGCCAGGGCAGGCACUCUGCUGCAAAGAUGUCAGUUGUCGUCACAAAUAGUGAAGAAACGCUAGGAACAGUAUCAUAAAAAAUUAGUGAGGGAUUUCACAUGCUUUGUCACUUGAGAUUUCAUUGCCUGACCAUAUUGUUUCACUAUACCAUGCAAAUAAAUUCUCCUGAUGUGAAGAGACGGUGCCAGAAGUGCUGAAGCAACCAUUGCCACUCCACAUUUGGAAAUUGAGAAGGGAGAAUGUAGCCUUGGAGGUGAUGUAGAAAAUGCAGUAGGAAAAUAUUUGUUGGGUAUUGGCUCUCUUGUUCUUACAGCUAUGUUCCUGUGCACGGAGUGGAAAGAACUGGGCUUCUAUUAACAUGAUUUGCACUUGAAAAACCAGCUCUUUCUCAGCUAUGUCCGUACCGAACAAAGUCACUGGCAUGUGAAAAUAAAAAUAGAAAGUGUUUUAUAGCUAAUAAAAUCAGAAGCAAAUAAUGCAAUGCAAUUUGUCUGGGAAGGCAAGAAUCAAAGUUCUUUCUCUUCCUGAGGAUCAGAAGUAGGUUAAAACCUAUUUCUUCCAUCAUGUCUUUUGAAAAAGGUCUUCAUAAAUAAACACUGUAUUUUUAUUAGGUUAGCAUUGAAAGACCUCACUAAAGCGUAGGAGCCCUAUUGCAACAAACAUCUGUAUUGGUAAGGAAAUAUUUCUCUCAAAGAUCUCAGAAUGAAAACACACCAGGCCAGGCAACAGGUGAGAGGGAAAAGGAGUGAGCUGUGACCCACAAGGAUGGAAGGAACACAGAUCAGCCCCUGCUCUGUGUCUAUACAGGGCUGCGCAUAAGGGGUUGUGGAAACGUCAAUGCCACGGUGCUGAGCUCCAGGUGGGAGCUGCAGGGAGAAGGCAUUGGGCAGCCCAGGAUGGGGUCUGCAUCUCAUGGGAGUUUGUAAGACUGUGAGCUUUCUUACUGCUGAAAAAUGGAAUGAUGUCUGGGGAAAUACAGGUCACAGAGCAAAUCCUCCUGCCUUUUAGGGCACCUUGUGCUUACACAAAAGAAUUAAAUAAUAGAGGUCAAAAAAUAGCCAUUCUAGCCAGCAGGAUUUCCACCUCUUUAAUGAUUGUUAACAAACAUUUUACAUUGCUAAUUAUCUGCUCAGAAAACAAGAGGUUCCUUUUUAAUGCAGCACCAUCCGCAAUUUGUAUUCCCUCUUUGUGUGAAGGAGAAAGAAAUUACAACAGCCAGCUUUAUUUUGCGUGAGGAAUGUCUUUUAUGUGUUCUGGCAGAUGAGAUCAUCUGCAUUUCUGCAGGUGAUAUAGGAGCGUACCCCCUGCUCGGUGUUUUAGCAGCUGUGGAGGAAAACCUGUGAAGAUUUUAUUUCCUCUUUCAAGGCACAUUUUUAGGGCUGGCACAAUGUGUUGGGCUGAGGAGCACCGUCAGCUUGAUACAGGUCCUGGGGACAGAUGUCUGCCACCCACAGACCAGAUGUGACAGUGCUGAGACCUCCCCACCUUGCCCUGACGGAUGUGUUUAAUCCUGUCCUACAGAAAUUGUACUGAAAGGGACAUGGAAAUGCUGGCCCAGCUGCACCCUAUGUGGCAGGCAGCUCUGAGAAUGGCUGGACCAAAUGAUGCCAUCAGUGAUGCAAGAAACCCACACUGACAAAGCUUCCCAUUGGAAUUUUGUUGCCCCCUCAGCUCAUGAUCUGUCUCCUUGGUCCCACUCUGGAAGUCUCUCUGCCCUCCAUGGAGACCCAGUGGGGCUGUAGGUUCUCCUGAAGGUUCCUAUGCCUUUCUCUCCUGACAGCAAAUGCCCAGGUCCUUUUCCAACCGCACAGACCUCCAAGACACACCGUGACAAAUACCCCUCCUGCUGCACAGGGUUAUCUCUUCACACUCUUCAAUGUACUGUUUUUCAGUCUCGUUUGGUGUUCCUUUUCCUAUAAUAAAGACAAACUGCUCUGUUGAA